AUGUCAAGUUUUGGCAUGGUGACGUUGGACACGACGUGUGGUCCGCUCACGCUACGCAGCCUACAAGCGUGGAUUGACGAGACAUCGACUGCGAUGGACUUUAUC